UCCUAGGGGCAGUUCCCCUGACUGCUCACAGGCCCUGACUACCAUGUUGUUCCUUACUUUUCUCCUGUCAGACCCCAUUGGGAUUGCUCUUCUGGGGGCUCUGCUCUUCUGGGGGCUGUUCUGCUUCUUCACCCGACCCAAAGAGUCAGCUGGGAAGUGGCCCCCUGGGCCAACCCCUCUCCCUUUCAUUGGGAACCUUCACUUGCUGGAUCUCAGAAGACAGGACAAGUCACUGAUGAAGAUUUCAGAGGAAUAUGGCCCCGUUUUCACCAUUCACUUUGGUCUCCAGAAGAUGGUGGUGCUGACUGGCUACGAGGCUGUAAGAGAGGCACUGGUCAACUUUGCCGAGGAGUUUGCUGACCGACCACCCAUUCCCAUAUUCCAGUGCAUCCAGGAAGGCCAGGGUAUAUUUUUCUCAUCUGGGGAACUAUGGAAAACCACUCGCAAAUUUACCAUGUCUAGCUUGCAUAACCUUGGGAUGGGGAAAAUGCUGAUGGUGAAGAAGAUUCUGGAAGAAUUUAGUUUCCUGGCAGGAUUGAUAGACUCUUUCAAAGGUAAACCUUUCAAGUUGAAACUAUUCAAAAUGGCACCAACCAAUAUCACUUUUCUUCUGCUCUUUGGAGACCGGUUUGAUUAUCAAGACCCAACAUUUGUUACUUUACUGAGACUAAUAGAUGAAGUUAUGGUUCUUCUGGGCUCUCCCUUCCUCCAUUUAUUUAACUUCUACCCCUUCCUUGGAUGGCUCCUCAAACCCCACAAAACAAUCUUAGUAAAAAUAGAAGAAGUGAGAGUCAUACUAAGGAACUACAUGGUGGCCAGUAGACAGCGCAUCCCGGGAGGAUACGUCACGAGCUACAUUGCUGCGCUGAUGCAGAAGCAGAGUGAGGAACCAAAGGGAGAGACCUAUUUCUCGGAUGCAAACAUUGUCGCCUCUGUCCUUGACCUGGUGAUGGCUGGUACUGAGACUACAUCUACCUCCUUGCAGUGGGCUGUGCUGCUCAUGGCCAAGUACCCAGAGGUCCAGGCCAAAGUACAAGACGAGCUGGACCGAGUCCUAGGAGCAAGCAGGCUGCCUGAGUAUGAAGACCAAAAGGCACUGCCUUACACCAAUGCAGUUCUUCAUGAAAUUCAGAGAUUUAUUGCUCUUCUUCCCCAUGUCCCUCAUUCCACAUCAGUGGACACCCAUUUCAGAGGGUACUUUCUCCCCAAGGGCACCCCUGUAAUUCCUCUGCUCACUUCUGUGCUUCUUGAUCAGACUCAGUGGGAGACCCCAAAUGAGUUCAACCCCAGCCACUUCUUGGAUGCAGAUGGGAACUUUGUGAAGAAGGCAGCUUUCCUUCCCUUCUCCAUUGGUCGCCGUGUUUGUGUAGGGGAGAGUCUAGCCAAGAUGGAGAUGUUUCUAUUCUUUGUGACUUUACUUCAGAGAUUCACUUUCCACCCACCCCCAGGCAUCCAAGAGUCUGACCUGGACAUCACCCCUGAGGCAACCUUCAUGAUGAGGCCUCAGCCCCAGUCUGUGUGUGCAGUGCCAAGGUCCUAAGGGGCAGUAGCACAGAACAAGUGCAGCCUACUAUGGGAGCGGAUACAAGCCAACAGGAUGCUCCCUUCGUGGCAAAGCCUUUGGCUCCCUCAGACCUCUCUGUUCUGGGGCCCCUGCUCCCUUGGUAGUAACAUUCUUUUCCACCACCCUGACCUACAUCUAGCUACCCCAAUGUCCUUAUGAUUUCUAACUUUAUCCUCAUCAAAACCACCUAAAGAGCUGAAACUAAUUUAUGUUAAGCCCAAACAGUUUAAAAUGUAACAUCCUUCCUCCUUCCUUCCCUUACACGGGAAUUUGGAUUUUAUAACAAGGUCUUAGAUUAAACUAGUGAAGCCCCAAUGGUGAAAUUUAAGGCAUUAACCAGUUUGAGGUGAAGUGGGCUAGGGUGCAUUAUUGCUAUUGCUAAGAUUUCUAAAAUUAUU